GACCAGUCACAAAGACACUUCCAAAGCAAGCUUCCCGAGGAAAAUGGGCACCAAGGGAAAAGUUAUUACAUGCAAGGCAGCCAUUGCCUGGGAAACAGGCAGUCCCCUUUGCAUUGAAGAAGUUGAAGUAUCUCCCCCUGGGGCUCAUGAAGUUCGAAUUCAGGUAAUCGCCAUGUGUGUGUGUCCUACUGACAUCAAUGCUACCAAUCCUAAGAAGAAAGCUCUCUUCCCGGUCGUCCUUGGCCAUGAGUGUGCAGGAAUUGUAGAAAGCGUUGGGCCAGGAGUCACCAACUUCAAGCCAGGUGACAAAGUAAUCCCAUUCUUUGCACCACAGUGUAAAAAGUGCAAGUUCUGUUUGAGCCCUCUUACAAACCUCUGCAGGAAACUCCGGAACUUUAAGUGCCCCAAUAUUGAUCAAGAGCUCAUGGAAGACAGAACUAGCAGAUUCACCUGCAAAGGGAAGCCAAUUUACCAUUUCAUGGGAGUCAGUUCAUUCUCUCAGUACACUGUGGUUUCAGAAGCCAAUCUUGCUAGAGUCGAUGACGAGGCAAACCUGGAGAGAGUUUGUCUGAUUGGAUGUGGGUUCUCAUCCGGCUACGGGGCUGCCAUCAACACUGCCAAGGUCACCCCUGGUUCCACCUGUGCCGUCUUUGGCCUGGGCUGCGUAGGCCUUUCUGCCGUAAUCGGGUGUAAAGCAGCAGGCGCCUCCAGGAUCAUAGCUGUUGACAUCAACAGUGAGAAGUUUCCCAGAGCCAAGGCCCUGGGAGCCACUGACUGCCUUAACCCCAAAGACCUAGAUAAACCCGUCCAGGAUGUCAUCACUGAACUGACCAACGGAGGUGUGGAUUUCUCCCUGGACUGUGCAGGAACAGCUCAGACCUUGAAAGCAGCGGUGGACUGCACGACAUUUGGCUGGGGAUCGUGUACUGUGGUUGGAGCAAAGGUGGAUGAAAUGAGUAUACCCACUGUGGACAUGAUAAUGGGCCGGUCUAUCAAAGGAACAUUCUUUGGUGGUUGGAAAAGUGUGGAUUCCGUGCCACACCUGGUUACUGCCUACAUGAAUAAGCAGUUCGAUCUGGACAUACUCGUGACCCAUAACCUACCUUUCGACAAAAUCAAUGAGGCAAUCGGCCUGAUGAACCAAGGAAAAAGCAUCCGAAUAAUCCUGACCUUUUGAAGAUAGAGAAGCAAUCUGGAAUGUUAUCUGAUUGGACCUGAGCCUGUCUGGUUGGCUUGCUGCUUCACACGAUGAGCCAAAGACAGCUAGGAGUUGGAGCACAAGUCUGCACUUUGUACCUCAACAUAAGUUAACUAUAAAUGAUAGGCCAAGUGUGCCUGUAAGAUAUAUUCAGGUUUCCUAUAUGAAAUAACCGAUGGUGGGUCUGUGGCUCACGGGCACAUUGCUGGCUUAGCACGUGUGAAAACAUAAGUGGAUGAAGGAAUGAAAAGAUACCUGACGUAUGUAUAAAUACAAUCAUAUGUUUAGGAAUUGUUUAAAACUUUUUUUUCAGAAGUGGGAGUAGGAAAUGAAAAAAUAAAUAAAUAGGUCUGGCUAUAUAUCUGUAACUUCUGAAGCUGGGGGAUGAACACACGGAAUUUCUUACUCUUCACUUUCUUCUAUGUCGACAGCUUUCCACAAUAAAGAGACUUUUGUACUGCAAAAAACAUAGUACACACACAUGUGUGUAUAUAUAAAAUAUUAUCUUAUUUCUGUGUUCUAAUAAACUAUAAGCUAAUCUUAACAGA